CAUCUCACGCAGCGGCACCGUCACGGCCACGCGUGGGCCGCUCCAUAGAUCACCUGCUGUUAGAUUGGCCCAGGGAGUGCUGCUGCGCUCCCCAUCUCCCCCAACACCCGUGGGGAUGAGUGACGCCACUGGCAGGUGGGACCUGCGCAACCGCUCCGCUUCACCCUGGGGAGGAAAACUGUCACGGCGAUUAGCACGAUGGGACCUACCUUACCAGUGUGAGCAUACUGUGGAUUUUUUGUCUGUAUGUGCUACUUGAUUAUCUACUCUUGCUGACCCACCCAAAAAGAGAAGGUUCGAAGAAAAAUUGUUGUCUUGUCACUUCUGCCUGUGAACUGGCUGAAUUUUGACAUCUGAAGAAGCUACCUGGACCAUUAGAAAUGGAGGAGCUCGUGUUGCAUGUCUGAUCAGCAAAGCUUUCUGCGUGGAGUAUGAGAAUCAAGUUGCCUUAAGUUAAACCAUAUGCAAGUUGCACUAAUUGCAGUAACCGUACUGCUGAUACCACUCCAGACUUCAGUAGGGCUUUCCAAGGCAGUAGUUUCUCAUGUAGUUUGAAUGUUUUCAACUGACAUUUGAAUGUUUUUAUUAAAUCUGGUGUGGCUGUGAAAAGCGUGUGUGGGGUGAACUUCUUCCUGUGAAGUUCAUGGUGAAUUUUGAAGCCUCACUUCCAAGCGUGAUCUGUGCUAUGGCAGCAACCUACAGGCUUAUGGUCACCUCUGUGAACUGCUACGGCAGUGUGGUGAUAGACCAGCACUUUCAGCACACUGUGCAUUACUGCACGGGGACUUGCCAAGUGUUUGAGCAAGGGGUUACAUGUAUAGUUGCCCACCACAGUGUCUGCGCAGAGCUCAGUGUCCAAGAUGCCAACCUAGACCAUAAAAUUCCUGUUCCUGAAAAUGGACUUGCCUUGCCUGGAAAUGAGGACUAUCACCAAAUCCUCACAAAUAAUCCAAGAAACAAAAAGGGCUCUUCAGUGCAAGCCUCCAGCAGUUUAAAAGACAUUACUGGUGAGGCGAUAAACCUUGCCAGUGGUAAAAUAAAGGAAUUCUCCUUUGAAAAGCUCAGAAACUCUUCCAGUCAUGUGGCCUACAGAAAGGGAAGGAAAGUUCGCUCGGAAUCAUUCAGCAGACGAUCAUUUGAUUUUGACUUGAUUUAUGGGCACUUCAACAAUGACGAGAACUGCCCUCCAUGUGGCUUUCUGCAGAGUCCCUCACCUGUGGAGAAAUGGCAGGAGAGCAAUGAUGCACCAGAAGUCACUGUGAAUGCCAUGGUUCCCUUUUCUCCUCACUCCUUCUCUGAAGAAAACUUCAUUACCCAGAUUUUGGAAAAACACAAGCUAGAUGGUUCUUCUGGUGGAGAUAUUAAGGUGUGCUUAGACAUCUUGCUCAAGUGCUCAGAGGAUCUGAAAAAGUGCACUGACAUAAUAAAACACUGCAUCAAAAAGAAGUCUGCAGACAGUGUUAGUGGAGGGAACAGCAAUGAUCCCCUAGCUAAUUCAGAAAUGAUAUAUAUGAAUCUGAUGACAAGAUUUUCUUCAUACCUGAAAAAGCUACCCUUUGACCUCAAGGCACCAGGACACAAGGAAGCUAGUGACUUGGCAGAGCUAGUUAACUGUCUUCAUGGCUUGCAGCAAGCUCCUUUUCCCCCAGUAUUUGGAGAUGAGCAGCCACCUAGGUAUGAAGAUAUUAUUCAGCUGCCAUCCUCAAGUGCGGUUCCUCUUGGACUACCAGGUAAUCAGUGUGAGGUGACAAGCACCUCUCAGUCCAUCCAAACAAGUACUGUGAGCUUUACCUCAAACUCCCUUCACAGCAUCCCACAGGAGAACAGUGUGAGAGCUGUGAAAGAUGCUUGUGCUCUACCUCAGCUACCAGCCGCAAGCCCUUCUGACUGCACGUCUUCCACUGAGGCUCUGUACAUCGAGGAGGAGUCUGAUGGGGAAAGAACGUUAGGGAAAAUAAAGAAGGCAGAACAGAAAGGGGGCUGGGAGAGUUUAGAGCACAGCUACCAGCUAGCUGGUUGUUCAGAUCAAACUGCCGAUGCUAAAGCCAGUGUGGGAGAUGUUGAGCUCUCCCAUGCUUCUGAGAAAAAUACUCCUUUAAAACCAGUUUCAUAUUCUGUAUUGCGUGGUUCCCAAGAUGAUGUCUCCAAAGGAGAACAGAUGUGCAGUAAGGUAGACAAGGAUGAGAUAGACAAACUGCUGCUGGACUUGGAGUGCUUCUCACAGAAAAUGGAGAGCACUUUGAGGGAACCCUCUCUAAAGGAGACUGAACCUGCCCAUUUGCAGGUGUUUGGUUGGCAGGGUAGGCAGGUACUACCUCUGACUCUGGAACCCAAAAGUAAACAUGUUGACCCCACUUCCCCUUUGUCAAAAAUCAUGGAAACCAAUGGUCAUAAAAUGGAAGAGGAUGAUAAAGCCCUUUUGCUGCGUAUCCUGGAAAGCAUUGAGGACUUUGCCCAGGAACUGGUGGAAUUCCAGACAGGCAAGGGCAGCUUGUCCAAGGAGAGGGAAGUGAUGCAGAUUCUUCAGGAAACUUUAACAACUCCUUCACAGUCCCUCCUCGCAGGGCAAAAAAGCUAUGCUGGGGCUGCCUCCAGAGACUCUGUUCCAGCUUCAAUUCAGCAGGCGCCAGAAGUGAUUAAGGUUCAAAGUAAACAAGAGAAGAAACCUGGAACUUCAUCCCCAGUCCCUUUGAACUCUGCGGUUAGCCCGUGCACUCUUCUACCUGUGAAUAAAGCCACCAGCAGUACCCCUUUGUCGAUAAACAUUCCACGUUUCUACUUCCCUAAAGGACUUCCAAAUGUCUGCACUAAUCAUGAAGAGAUCAUUGCCAGAAUUGAAGAAGCCUUUACAGAGUUUGAAGAUGAGAAAGCAAACAUCUGUGAAAUGGGGAAAAUUGCUAAGAUAUGUGGCUGCCCACUCUACUGGAAAGCACCUAUGUUCAAUGCAUCGAGAGGAGAAAGGACAGGAUGUGUAUCUGUGCACUCGUUUGUAUCUAUGUGGAGAAAAAUCCUACGUAACUGCCAUGAUGAUGCAUCCAAAUUCACAUACCUUUUAGCGAAGCCUAGCUGCGACUACCUAGAACAGGAGGACUUCAUUCCACUGCUUCAGGAUGUGGUGGAAACGCAUCCUGGCCUGACGUUCCUGAAGGAUGCUCCAGAGUUCCAUUCCCGCUAUAUUACGACGGUUAUACAGAGAAUAUUCUACACAGUCAACCGAUCCUGGUCUGGAAAGAUCACUCUGCCAGAGCUGAGGAAAAGCAACUUCUUGCAAACUCUUGCUCUCUUGGAAGAAGAGGAUGACAUAAAUCAGAUCACAGAUUAUUUCUCCUACGAGCACUUCUAUGUUAUAUACUGUAAAUUCUGGGAGCUGGACACUGACCAUGAUCUUUACAUCAGCCAGAAGGAUCUGGCUAGGUACAGUGAUCAAGCUUUAUCAAACAGGAUUAUUGAGCGAAUAUUCAGCGGCGCUGUGGUGAGAGGCAAUGAAGUUCAAAAGGAAGGCCGCAUGAGUUAUGCUGAUUUUGUGUGGCUCCUGAUUUCGGAGGAAGACAAAAGGAGUGCUACAAGUAUUGAGUACUGGUUUCGGUGCAUGGACCUGGAUGGGGAUGGAGUGCUCUCCAUGUAUGAACUGGAGUACUUUUAUGAGGAGCAAUGUGAGCGGAUGGAAGUGAUGGGCAUAGAACCACUGCCAUUUCAUGACUUGCUGUGUCAGAUGCUUGAUCUCGUUAAGCCAGAGAGGGAAGGAAGAGUAACCCUGCGAGACCUGAAGAGGUGCAGAAUGGCUCAUGUAUUCUACAACACCUUCUUCAAUUUAGAGAAAUAUCUGGACAAUGAACAGAGGGAUCCCUUUGCAGUGCAAAAGGACAUUGAAAACGAUGGCCCCGAACCCUCUGACUGGGACAGAUACGCUGCUGAAGAGUACGAGAUCCUUGUGGCUGAGGAGUCUGGGAACGAACAGUUACAAGAAGGAUCAUUUGAAGACGACUAUGACACAGAUGAAGUCUUAUCUCCCCCUGAAACUGGAGACAAGUCAGACAAACUAGUUAUCUCAGAUCUCUCAGCAUAGAGAAAUGGAAGACAUUUAAUCAAUAUCUUUCAAACUGGAUAGCAUUCAGUCCCAAGACACUUAGGGAUUUUUCUUAAAUUUGUCAUUGGAGCAAUGUGCUUUAUUUUGUACACUGUAACUUGAGAACCCUUUUUUCUCUUCCUGUGUAAUUGCAAUAAGGUGAUUUCUAUAAAAAGGCUUUUUACAAUGUGUUAUCGUGCACGCUCACUAAAAAUGGUGAUUGCACCUUGUUUCGUUUAUAUAUAAACUCUUAUGUCCCCAGAUGUGCAAUAAAUGCCAGCAUCUAAUGAUUAACUGUAACAACUGCAUGCAACAUCUACAGUGGUCGUUCUCAGUUCAGUCAUGUGCCAUUCUAUCCCCUCGACUUGAUUGAUACCAGGAGCGACAAACAAGCUGCCCAGUUAACUGAAUUUAAAUGUAUGUCUACAAAUCUUUUAGAACGCAAGUCACACUGAAGUCCUCUUUUUUCCUUAGUGUCUGGAAACCAAGGCAACGUGCCUGCGUGUGGGGAGAGCGAAGUCCCCUUUUGCGCUUUAAACCACAAGCUCUCACAGUUGAUACUGGACGUAUUUUACUUGUAUGAAUCUGUGGACAGUUAAAGCACUACAUGAUGUAAUGUUUCUCUAAGAAUUUGAGACACAGUUAACAUUUCUACGUAUUCUCCUGUGCACAAAAAGAUCUUCCUCAGGCUAGUGUUUUGUCCCUCUCAAAGUAUUUUCUAGCAUAUUUACAAAGAAAGAUAUAUAUGCUGUUCAGCUGGUGUGUUGAAACUGCUGUGCCUGGUGUGCACCCGUUCUGUCCGUUCCCUGUGCUCUUCUCCUCUCUUGUAUUGCUAACCUGUAGCCUUCUCCAAGAGACCUAGCUGAGAUAGAUAAUGAAGAAAAAAUCCUAACCUAGCGUGCUAAAUUUCUGUUACCAGAGGGAUCCUUUAACUGGUAAAGCAAUUAGUCUGUAAUAUUGCCAAAAAUUUAUUUUCCACCCAUGAAGUAGUCCCCAGUCUCAGAGAGGAAACAUUGUAACUAAUGAAUUUCUGCUUUAAGUGCAAAAUUAAACUGACUUUCCCCAUAGAAUCACAAUGGAUGUCUCUAGUAAUAGCACAUGCUCUGCUGCUAGAGCUGUUCCUCCUUGCCUAGUAGCUGUCUGUGAUUAUAACGUAUUCUUACCAGUCCUCAAUUUUAGCCAUCGUAGAUACACAAAUAGAUCUGGUACUUACCUUCUCCAGCUUGGGACAGGUUUCAGCUGUCAUAUUUUAUUUCAACUAUCAUAAUUGUGCCCAAAUAUGUAAUGCUUGGUUGGUACGUAUACACUAUAUUUUCUCUUGCCUCACUGUAAGAGUACGAACCCAUGCGUCCUCAGGAAAUCCCUGCCAGAAUACUCAAGAGAACUGCCGGUGCCAGGAUCAGAUCUCCAUGCAGGCACCUUCUGGUCUGCAUGAAAGGCAGAACCCAUCCAGAUAAUUUGUGUAUACACACACACUAUUAGCCUGGUGCAUUUUGUACACAUAAAUGCUAGCAUAAUGGAACAUUAAUCCCUGGAUGAUACCUCUAAGUGUGAAUAACCAAAUAAGUAAUUGUCUGAUCGCCACAAUGCAGCUUCAACUUUUCCAGGAGCCUUCAAAGCGUAACGCCUGCCUCCAGCUGUCCAGGUGGGAUAUACUGCUGCCUUGUUGAGGUUAGUAACUCUUCCCUCAGGCUCAAAAUCUGAGAGAGAGAGAGAGGAAGUUUUCAGUUAUACUGGGCUCGGAGAUCUAGUCUCUUUUUCUUGAACAAAGCUGCUAUUUUAUCCAGAUGCAUAUACACACCCCAGGAUCCUGAUUUCAUAUUUGGGAAACUUCUGGAUUAUUAGGUAGCAAAGGCACUGCAAGGUAAAUUCUAUCCUAUAAUAAAAGAUGUCAGCACUCUAACCAAACCAGGAUAAACCUCUCUGAAUGCAGCAAGGACACAAGAGCGGCUCUGUUCAACACCUGAGUGUUUGAAUCACAUCUCCACCAUCACUAUAGCCCUGAGGGGAAAAGCUUUACUGGGGAUGAUUCCACAAAGGCCCAAAUGCAGAAGAAAGGAUUGCAGAAAUGAACACAGGAUGGAAGUUGCGCAACUGCUAAUUGUAACCAGCUCCAUCCACUUUUUACCUGAAAGAACCUAGGCAAAGCAGUUCACCUCUUUACUAUCUAGGCCCAGAGUGGUGUUUGUGUUUGAUAAAGUUUUACAUCUCUAAAAGACAAAGAUUCCUCAAAGGAACAAGAAGAACCGGACUCCAUUCUAGGCUGAAAUUGAACCUUCCUGUUGUUUUGGCACUGCUAGUUUUUAAUUCCAUAGAGCGGCACUACUGGAAUGGCCAGUUUGCCAAUUAUGUAAAGUCUCAUUCCAGAAUAACUUAGUGAUUGUCUCUGUAAGGUUUUAACCUGGGAUAGCCCUGGCACCUCCAAGAAAAGCAGCUCUCCUUGUGCUGUAUGGAAUAAUACAAUAAUUCAGGUUGGAAGGGGCCUCUGUAGUCUCUGUUCCACCUCCUCACUCAAAGGCAGGACAGCUUCAAAGUUAGAGCAAGUUUCUCAGGACCUCAUUCAGCUGAGUUUGAAAAAUCUCCACAGAUGGUGAUUCUACAACCUCUCUGCAUAUUACAUCUCCUCCUCUCUGUGGGAGUUCAGAGCAACAUAAUUUUCCAAAAGGAUGUAUUUUUCUGGGAAUACGCAAUUUCUUUUUCACACAAGGAGGGAGUUAGACUUAGCUGGAGGAGUUGCCAGUUGAGCAGGUGACACCCUGUUCUGCAGCACCAGAUGUGCGUUGGGAUACAGACACAGCCCGCGAUGGACCGUGAAGAGCUGGUACUCCAGCAGCCCUUGGUGCAUUGCUCUUGGUUUGGCAUUUCUGUUCUUGCUAGGUUGCCCCUUGAGCUGUUCCUGCUCUCCAUUCACCCACCACUUCUGGAUCUUUCACCUUUCUCCUCACAUGCCUUUUGCAGAGAGGCUUUAACUCGACCCAUCAAAUCAAUUCAGACUUCCGUCUCACACCAGUCUGCCUGAACCGGUGCCCUUUUUUGAAGAAGUCAGUAUCCCAAGCCUGGUACAAAUCACCAGUUACCUUUUCAAGGUUUGGCUUCAAUAAAUUGAGACAGAAGCUCGUAGCUGCUCUGCCGAGCCCUUAAGGACCCAAACCCAAAGCCCUCUCUUUUACAGAGGUCCACUGCUGCUGUGACAAAGUAGAGGGAUUCCAAACCAAAUUCAUGCUUUCUACUAGGUCAACACAACAAGCUCAUCACAGAAAAAAAAAACCAACCCAAAACCAACUUACAGCAAAUGUUUUGCCUUAUAUGUGAAUAUAAGGACAAGCUACGGAAGCCAGUGCUAGCAUAUCAUCAGUGCAAAACCUGCAGUAAUUUAUAUUAUUUACUCCAGGAGUAGAAAUCCAUUCUCUCUCACUAAUACAUUUGAAAAUAACCAUAACUCAGCAGCCCCAGAUGAAUUAGUAAAGGAGGUAUUCCACACCCCAUUUGUGACUUGGCCCUGUCCACAGCUUCUGUGGAUGGAAGGUUUCUAAAUCUGCAGUACAUGAAUAAGGUAAAUUUGGGAACUCCUGCCCUACUUACUUAGCUUUUCUUUUGGCGAUAGUCAAAACAAGGAUUUUUGUGAAUACAGACACCAACACCUGCUCAGCUGCACCACACACCAGCUUCAGAGGUCAGCAAGCUCUCUAGAACAAAGCAGCCCAAGAAUUGCAGCAAACCUGUGGGAGUCCACUUUGCGCUGACUUUGUGUGCCUCCUGUCCCCAACGUCAAUGCCACUUUAGAUGUUGCAUACCUGUAAAGACAGAUCAUGCAUUUUUCAUUGUAAAUCCAGCUCAGACUAAAGUCUGUUAUGAGCUGGAUUCCUUUUUCCUUACAAGUAGUCAGAAGAGUGAGUAAAAUUCAGUUUGGCAUGGUAAAAACAAACAAAAAAUGCAUUUGUGUUUAUUUGUUCUCUAUAGUCUGCUUUUGUCUAGCAAAAUUAAGUCCGGCAUCCUUACAAACCCCUUGUUGUUUUGUUUUGGUUUUUUUUUUUUUUUUAAUAUUCACAAAUAUUCUCUCUGCAGUACUAAGAUGGGAGAUAUGGCUUGAUACCACCACAGGCAAUUACUGCUGGAAUGGUACUAGCUUAUUAUUUUUUUCAUCUAAAAUCUCAGUAGUAAUUGCUACAUUACAGUUUUUGUCACCAAAACCGAGGCACUGACAUAGCUCCCCUUCUGCCGGUCUGCCACCAAGCGGCAGUGUUGCAAAACAGGCAUGGACAGCAGUAAGUGAAUUCCAGUCAGUCUCAGGUUUACAGAAAACAUUGCGGAAAACCUUCCUGCUCUCCUGAACUAAGGAUUUAAGAAAGCUGACUCGAGAUACUCUAACCGAGGUACUGUGCUUAGUUUCUGAAACAAAAAAACGCCUGAAAGGCCAAAAACAAGAGAUCACUGAAGUGUGAUUUUAACAGUAAUGUAUUUUUGGAGUACAGUGUUUCUAAAUCAGAGUUAUCUUAGGUCUAUGCAAUCAAAACUGAACCUCAAUAAAGAGCAUGAGCUACUGUAAGAAAAACACGUACACAGCGCUUACCCUUUCGGUCUAGUCUGUUCUCUGUAUCACCGGGUGAUGGUCUUAGAAACUGAGUAUUUAAUAAUAAAGGUUCUCAUACUUUGUAAAAGUAGUUUGGAGACAUUUUGUGCUGGCAUGGUUUUCUCUUUGUAUUUUUACUUUGUAUUUUCUUUUUUUUGGGGGGGGGCAAAUAAAGGACUUUUGAA